AUGCCAACUCUUGUCAGUGGAUUAUCAGAGAUGUGCUCUUUUCCAAAAAAUCUCCCAUUGUUCUUGAAGAGCGCUUCAAUUCCUUUGCAGCAUGCAUGGUCCCCAAGAGUACAUAAUGUUUGUCUAUUGCAAAGACAGGAGUGGGUUAAAAUGAUCUUCUCGAGACGUGAAAAUGAAAAAAAUGUGAAUAAUUUUUCAAACAUCCGACUACAACCCUUUGCUUCGUGUCAGCCUCAAGCGCGUUUUUGGCAUCCAUCAAGAACUCAAGCAAUUGGAUCUUCCAAAAUGACUUCUUACCCUUUUGAAGGUGUUAAGUUUGUGGACACACCAGUAGUUCCGAAACCAGAACCUUCAAACACCAAAUACGGUGUGAGAACAUCAGAUUCGCCUGCCAUCAAAAAUGCUCCAUUGCCUGCUGAAGGUCCCAGUUCAAAGCAUUUCUCGAAUUGGACUGUGCUUGCGCUCAUCAUCGUGAUACCAUCUUAUGUCACCAGAAAGUUGGGCGGUGGGAUAAAAACCUUUGCCUUUUUCUGUUUACUUUUCGUGUUACCCAUUCUCAUGGCCUAUUGGACUUUAGCUUCCACAUUUUCACCUCGUUUCAACGAGAAAUGUAAGCUGCCAGGAAAACCUAUCGAAGACUAUUUGACCUUCCAUGAUGAAAAGCUGGCUAAGAAAUACCAUGGUAGAAAAAUCCCAAUGGAAACUUUCCAUGAGCUGUAUUUCGCUAACAAGGUCUCAUUCAAUGGUGACGCCCUGGAAAUUCUGGAAUACAGACACGACUGGGCUCAAUUCUCUUUCACUUUGUCUUUGUUCAGAUUUUUCUUGUUAGGUAUGAUUCCUGAAGUGAUCAUGCACACCAGAUCCCAAGACGAGGAACAAGUCAGGGACCACUACGACCGCGGUGACGAUUUUUAUGCUUCGUUUUUGGGAUCAAGAAUGGUCUAUACUAGCGGUGUAAUUUCUGACAUUGAGUCUGAAGAAUCUCUAGAGCAGCUACAAGACAAUAAGUUGAAAAUUGUUUGCGACAAGAUUGACUUGCAACCUGGUGAGUACCUAUUGGACUUGGGUUGCGGCUGGGGUACAUUGGCUACCUAUGCAUCUAAGGUUUUUAACGCGAAGGUGACGGGUAUCACUUUGGGUAGGAAUCAAACGAAAUGGGGCAACGGCAAGUUAGAAAUACAGAAUAUUCCGCAAACUCAAUCCCGUAUCCUUUGUUCAGACUAUAGAGACACACCAUUGGCUACUCCAGAGGGCAAGAAAUACGAUAAAAUUACCUGUUUGGAAAUGGCCGAGCACGUUGGUAUCAGAAAGUUUGGCUCCUUUCUCGUGCAAGUAUAUAACAUGUUGGAAGACGAUGGUCUCUUCUUCUUGCAAAUUGCUGGUUUGAGAAAGUCAUGGCAAUACGAGGAUCUCAUUUGGGGCCUCUUCAUGAACAAAUAUAUUUUCCCAGGCGCUGAUGCCUCUACUCCUUUAGAUUUCGUUACCGCGAAAUUGGAGGGUUCUGGCUUCGAGGUUGUGUCCAUUGACAACAUUGGUGUUCAUUACUCGGCCACUCUGUGGAGAUGGUACAGAAACUGGAUGGGUAACAAGGACACCGUUAUCAACAAGUACGGUGUCAAGUGGUUUAGAAUCUGGGAGUACUUUCUCGCUACAUCCACGAUCAUCUCUAGACAGGGUUCUGCCACAUGUUACCAGAUUGUCUUGAGAAAAAAUAUCAAUGCUUAUCACCGUAUUGAGUACGUGCCCAAGCAAAAGGGAUUGUUGACGCCUGUCAAAGAAGGCGUGCAAAAUUGGUUCAAAUAA